UGAUUGUUGUAGACCUUGAUGCUGCAGCAUGAGCUGCGUUUUUCUCUUGUUUUUACACAGUUGGCCUCAUUUUACUUCUUGGUUGUGACAGAAAAAGGAGAACAAAAUGCAAGAGGAGAAAAAAACCUCGAGGUUCUGCCACCUAGCAUCACGACAGAAGUGCAUCAGCAUCAGAGCAGCAUUACUACCACACCACCAGCAUCAGAGGAACAGGAUAAAGUGGAUUAUCAUCAGAGCACCACAAUAAAAACCACAACACCACUGGUUUCUGAGGAACUGACUGAAGCACCUGUAAGCAGCGCUGCAGGUUCGAUCCAGGUGUUUGGAUAUGAGGGCGGAGACGUAAACCUCUCCUGCCCCUACGAUCGGGGAUUCGAGGGUCGUCAGAAAUACCUGUGCAACAACAACUGUCGUUACGCCGAUGUUCUUAUAACAACGUCACAAGGAAGCAGUGGAAAAUACUCCAUUCACGACGAUAAAACAACCCGAGUUUUCACAGUGACCAUAUCUGCCCUUCGACUUCAUGACGCUGGGAAAUACUGGUGUGGCGUGACAAGGAUAGGAAAAGAUAUAAGCAUUGAAAGAAAGCUGGAAGUAAAAGCAGACAGAUGUUGUGACACGGUGAAUAAAUCCAAAGUACUGAGGAAGGUUCAGUGA